AGCUGAUUGGCUGUUAGCAAAGCGGACUGGACCCCUCAAACCAGUAAACUGAAAACUCCGCUCCUGAUGUUGGGUUUUCUUUCUCAGCCUAUUUGGAACAAAACUCGGGAAAAUAUAAAAAAGAAAAGUGCAACUAGUUGGGCAUCCCAUUAAGAGAGAGUUACAGUAAGAAAGAAGGGCCCUACCACAGGACAAACUGACAGCGCAGUCACUAUUCCGUGCUAAUGGACUGACUUCACAUGAACAGACGGUGGAGGAGAUGGAACUGCUGCUUUUAUGUGUUAUAAUUUUCCUUUUGAACGUGUCUGAUUUUUCAUCAGCAAUAACAUAUAACAAAGGUGAUAUGGAACAAAGCUUUGCUUGUGCUAGCCAAGGAUUCCCCCAAAAGAAUGAAAUAAUCAAAUUGUAUCUUUCCUCAGACGACUUGAAAAUCCAGUGUUUUUUCCAAUCUGAAAGUGUUUUUACUGCAAAGGAAUUUCUAAGCAUCUUCACGUCAGGAGGACUCGCUCCCAGCUUGGGAAUCAUAAAUAGCACAUAUUCUGGCAUCUUCCACUUUAAUUUAACUUUGUUUAGUGAUCGGGUUUACUGGUUGAUUAAUAUUCCGAGAGAACACAUUACAAAAAAUACAGAUGUUGCAGCUGUAGAAGAAUGGUUAGUAAGGAUCACUUUACAACAUGGAUUAAAUAUUUAUACUACUGAAGGAACUCUAUUGGACAGUGUUCGAGAACCUAUUCUACAGUGGCAUCUUGGGAGUGUAAUGACCAAGAACGAUGUCAGGAAAUUGUAUCCACAUGUGGUAGAUCUCACAGUGACAAAGUGCCCCUGCGCCAAUGAUGUAGCGUUACUUGGCUUCAUUUUGAAUGCAACACUUGACGGUGUUUACAUAGGCCUCAGCUUUUCGGGAUUUUGGAAUUAUGACAAUACCACGUGGUAUAACCUGACGGAUAUGAUCUAUUCCCAAGUCGGAGAAGAACACACAGAGCUUUCAGUGGUGGACAUGGUUUUAACAAAUCAUUUUUUAGUUAUCCUUACCUCUUUGGGUCUUUUUAUAAGUGGAGAUCUUCGUUAUCCAUCAUCCUCUGUCUUAACGUUUUCAAGGGCAGACUUUUGUGGUUUCGAAAGGGUUGACUAUGUCAAAGGAAAACUGUGGUAUAACGAAAGAUGUUUUGCUAACAGAGAACACUUUGAAGUUGAUUAUGUUACUAUCACCUUUGAGAGAAACAGGACCCUAAGUGAGGCAAGCUCUUGUUUUUAUAGUAAAGAACCGUUUCUUGAAUGGUUGCCUUGCUUGCCUCACAUUUCAAAAGGAGCAAAAACUAUUCCUUCAACUGUGAUAACAUUUCUCGUUGACCAAGAGCAUAGUUCUGGAAUCUACCUCUUCCAAAACCAGAAACAGACCAGUGCCUCAGUGUGCCUCCUAAAAAACAGCAAAUUAGAAUCAAAACAAAGAUUUCCACUUUUCUUGUUUCCUUCAUCGUUCUCUUCCCCUGUGGGAAUGGUGUUCCAUCCACGGAGCCAUUUUCUCUACGCUUACGGUAAUCAGGUAUGGCUUUCGAUCGAUGGCGGCAACACCUUUGACUUCUUAGCUGACUUUCAUGAUGAUAUCAUAAAGAAUACGUAUCAUAGUUUUUAUACUUCAGACAUUGCUUUUGUUUCCCAAAGUGGAAAUGUUUACUUGACCAAGGCAGGGUUAGAACAAUAUAGUAAAAUCGGAUCCAUUUCUGAUAAAAUUUUCACAUUAUACUAUGACCACAUGGGAUUCAUACAUAAACUGACUCCAGACCGUUUUGAAGCUGGUGGGUCACUCGCGGCCUUUGGAAAUUUUAGAGGUAUUUUUGGCCAGGCUCCUGAUAUGGGCUUUGAGACUGCCCUUGCUCCACAGCAUAUCACCUUAAAUGAAAUGAUCUUUUAUGCGUAUGUACCCGCUAAUGAGCCUAAGGACAGUAUACACACCAAGCAAUUCAACAACAUUCACUUUGGAAAAGAGAUCCACUCCAGGAAAACUGGAACAGCUUACAUAAGAGAGAUAUUGCAACAUAACAGGCCUGAAGGAUUUUUGUCCUCAGUUAUUGCAGAAGUCAUAGACCCUUUCGGAAUAGAAGAAGCCAGUGAGAGCUCUUGUUUGUCUAGUUCCCUUUCCAUUAAUCAAACUGGACAUUUCUCCUAUAAACUUACUCUUCAAUUACAAACUCCAGGUAUUAUUUCCUCAUUUCAAGACUCAGAUAUAGAGAAGACUGUGGUGAUUCCUGGUUACAGCAGCUUCCUGAUCACAAGCAUUUUAGAUGAUAAGAACGCUUUAGCUAUUGCUACGAUGCCUGAAAGAGUGCCCACCAAUAGGAUCUUUCCAAAAGACUCCUGGUUCCUGUACAACUUUGGGCAAAAGAAUGGAAGGACAUGGAAAAUACAUUCAAAACCGUGUAAUUAUUGGUUUCAACAACACGAUGAUUCACUAUCCCUCAAUGUCCUGAAAUACAUUGAUCUGGGGAAAUCUCAUACUUUCAAAGUUAAGCUCAUACCUCACACAAAAGGUAUUCAAAUUCUUGAAGCACCACUUCUGACAGUGAUUGUUGGAAGCCCAACUCUACUGGAAGUUAAAGCUGAAGGUGCUUUUGAUGAUACCGACAGUUAUACACUGGAAAUUUCUGCGGCUAGCAAGGGUUUACGUCAAGGUUCAACUUCACUGGCAUUAAUUGCCCGGGGAGCAUCGACUGAAUGCUUUGUGACAACAAUGGUGCCGAUAUUGAAAAGCAGCUGUAGUUAUCUCAAAUCUAUGCAUCAUGUUCCCAGUACAUCUAUAACUCUGGAACACUGGAUUAGUGGAAUUCACAAAGACAAGCAGGGUUUUAAUCAGAUCAAAACUUUGCCGGUAAACUACAGGCCUCCAUCUAAUAUGGGAAUUGCUAUUCCACUCACAGAUAAUUUUUAUCACGCAGAUCCUAGCAAACCCAUACCGAGAAAUCUAUUCCCCAAGUCAAAGAAAUCUGGAAAAUUCAAACAGUGUGCUAACGUGUCUACUCGGGAGGAAUGUAAUUGCACACAGGAUCAGAAAUUAUCGCAUGCUGUUGCUUUCUCAGAUUGCAGAGAAAAAGUUCCUCGUUUUAAGUUUCCAGUUACACAGUAUCCAAUUUCUCUGGAAAUUCACAGUGAGGAUGGACGCAUCCCACUGGAAAGUCCGUAUCUAGUGACUGUGACUGAAGUGAAUGAGAGGCGGAACUGGAAACUAAAACACACUGUACCAGAAACUGUAAGCAAAUUGAAAUUUUACUUAGAACCGAUUCUUCAUGCCCAGGUGUAUAAUCCUUCAGGCCUCAACUUAAGUAUAAAGGGAUCUGAGCUUUUUCACUUCAGAGUGUCAGUUGUUCCGGGGGUCACUUUUUGUAACUUAGUUGAAGAAUUUCAGAUUUAUGUUGAUGAAGCACCGUUGCCAUUUCCAGGACACACACUUAUUGCCGUCGCAGCAGCUGUAAUGUUGGGGGGAUUAAUUUUUAUAACAUUUAUGUUUCAACUACGUAACAUCCACCCAUGGAAUGUGUUCCGAAGACUCUUUCGAAGAAACAAAGUGAACUUUUCCAAUUUUAAUGCCAAUCAGCCGACUCAUUGAUGAAAAUCUGAGUAACGAAUGAACAACAAUCGUACUUUUCUCUUCAUUUCCUAGUUCUAUUAGACAAUUCCUAGAACAAUAUAUGUAAACGUUAAUAUAAAAACUAGAUUUAAAACUACAGAAUUACCAUUAUAACUCAAAUUGCUAUUUGUCAAUGUUUACCAUCCAUUCUUUUAUUUUAAAUGUAUAGAAAAUGUCUUAUGUCAACACUUAUAUGGAGGAUCUUCCGUGAGGUUUUUAGAAAAAUAUAAAAUGGUAGUCAUCUCUGUGUGGAA